UUUUCUUCUGUGCUAUUCCCAAAGCACAGAGAGAAAGACUGCAGGUUCAUCCCCUCUCUCUCUCUCUCUCCCUAGCCAUCUAUUUGUUCCACAGCAGGUUUUUUAUAUUAUUUUGAAGCUCUCUUUCUUCUCUCAACUGUCUUGUCUGACUGUCUUUUGCUCAAGUGCCCUUGGCUUCUCCACUGGUCUUAAACAAACUUUGCAGGCUUUCGUGUCAGAACCCUCUCUCUCUCUUUGAGGUAUCUGCCAAAGAUAUAAAAGAACCCACAGAAGUCUCUGUAAAAGCUUUUUCAAACUUUCUCUUAAUAGCUACUAAUAAACCAACCAAACCAAAAGCAACAACUAAAACCCCACUCUCUCUGUCUCUGUCUCUCUCCAUGGACUUCCAUCUGAAGCAAUGGAGAAACCAGCAUGAGUCAGAGCAACAACAUUCUGCAAAGAUACCAAAACUUCUCCUUGAGCCCCAACAGCAGCCACAACCUUCUUCUGCCUCUGCUGCUCUCCCUUUGUUUGUACCUGAACCCAACAGUAAAAUCAGCUCCAUGUCAGCAUUUCCUGAUUCAACAUCAGCAGCCACCAGAUUUACCAGGAUGGGUAGCUUCUUCAGCUUGGCCCAGUGGCAGGAGCUUGAGCUUCAGGCUUUGAUAUUCAGGUACAUGAUGGCCGGUGCUGCUGUUCCUCCUGAACUUCUUCAGCCAAUCAAGAAAAGCCUUCUUCAUACUCCUCCCUAUCUCCUCCAUCACCCUCUUCAACAAUACCCACAUUAUCAGCCUGCUUUGUUGCAAUCAGGGUACUGGGGACGUGCUGCCAUGGACCCGGAGCCCGGGCGUUGCCGGAGGACCGACGGCAAGAAAUGGCGGUGCUCGAGGGACGUGGUGGUUGGCCAGAAGUACUGCGAGCGCCAUGUGCACCGUGGCCGAAACCGUUCAAGAAAGCCUGUGGAAAUCCCCACACCCAUCACCACCUCCACUACAGCCGGUGGUGGUGGGACUCUCAAAGCCGCCAAUCCCCCCAUUGCUGCUCCGUCCUUGGCAAGCAGCAUGGCUGGUGGGACCCAUUUCGCUCUUUCAGGACCAUCCCCUUCCGUUGAUCUCCUUCACCUUAGUCAAAGUAGUUCCUUAGGGUUCAAAACUGAGAACAAGGGGGGCCUCUUUGAAGCCCAAACUGAGGUAUCUGCGGAUGGUAAAUCUGAUGGCCAUAUCCUGCGGCAUUUUUUUGAUGAUUGGCCGCGAUCAUCACUUGAAGAAUCAGAUAACACUGGAAGCAAUGCAAGCCCCAUGAAUUCUGCCACCUGCCUCUCCAUUUCAAUGCUGGAAAAUUCAUCCUCGGAUGUGUCCUUGAAGUUGUCCACCGGCAUUGGAAACGAGCCAGGAUCCAGGGAUAGCAAUGCCGAGGCAGGGCAACCACAACUGAAUUGGGCUGCUGGGUGGGCAACAAAUCAAGUGGCUUCAAUGGGAGGUCCGCUAGCAGAGGCAUUGAGAUCUUCUACUUCCAAUUCCUCGCCAACAAGUGUGCUUCAUCAAUUGCCUCGUGGCACUGCCACGGAGGCAAGCCUUGUCAGCACCUGAAUUUAGUCGGGAUUUCGAAUAAUUAAUAAUUAAUGUGAUUUUUCUUUUUCAGCUAUUUCUGUUCCUUUCUAAUGGCUGUUUUUGGGGCAGUCUUAAAGUCCUCAUAGUUAACUCUUGUAUAAAGUGCAUGGACUCUGAUGUUUGAA